CCGCGAGCCUGUCCCAGUUCGGUCACCAGUGCCUGCUUUGAAAAACUGGCUAAGAGCGUGCUUGUGACGUCAUUCAGCAACCCAGGCAGGAGCAGGGGAAGGAUGGGAGAAAUCUCUCACUGGCCCCCAGAACUAGCACGUGAUUCUGCAAUCUUCAACUUUCAGAGCCUACUGACAGUAAUCUUGCUGCUCAUAUGUACCUGUGCUUAUAUCAGAUCCUUGGCUCCCAGCUUACUGGACAAAAAUAAAACUGGAUUACUGGGAAUAUUCUGGAAGUGUGCCAGGAUUGGUGAACGGAAGAGUCCAUAUGUGGCUGUGUGCUGUAUAGUGAUGGCCUUCAGCAUUCUGUUUGCACAGUAGCAAUUGAAGAAUGUCAAGAAUAUCUUGCUAUCAAGUUAAUGGCUUAACGAACUUUGGGCAGCAAAAAAGAUGAAAAGCGUAUUCUAACCCCUCUAUCUCUCUGUUGCAUUUAUUAGAUGGGCCAUACUUUUGGGAAGUGUUUCCUUUUUUUUUUUUUUUUUUUUCUGUUAGUGGACCAGGGUGUACAGUUUAACAUGUAAUUCUGGAAUUGAAGACCUAUAUUUUGAUUACGUAAUGUUAAGUUAGUAGUAUUGACGCUGAUGUUAUAAAUUCUGCAAAGGUCAUUUACGUGCAUUGUAUAUUGGAUUUCAAAGUGGUUAUUUUUAAGCCAUGCAAUUGAAAACAAAGUUAAGAAAUAUACAUCAGUCUGAGAGGUCUCUUUCUGUGUGCUUAAAAAGACAUCCCUGGAACAGGAAGACAAACUCUGAUAGGAAUAAAAAAUCCACAUCAUCAUAGAAUAUGGUUACAGAAAUGCAUUCACUUCACUAUUAAUUCAUUUAAUAAAUUCCUGUGUAUUUCAUGGCCAACACAUUUAUGUACACUAAUCAUACUACUACUGGUUUAAAUUACAUCUGCAAUUUUAAUACUUUUUAAAAAACUUCUUAUACAAAUAUGCAGUAAUAAUCGAUGCAGGUCUUAUCAAAUUUAAAAAGAAACUAUUUCUAUAAUUAAGAGUCGUCGUCAUUACAAAUCAUGUAGCUUUGUAUCUAACUACCUGAUUAGAAUACACAAAAUUGGAUGUUGUGAGCUCAAACCAGUAUGUGUAUAAACUGUACAUGUGCAUUUUUAGAAGGUGAAGUUCUCCAAAUAUUUUCAGUACUGUGCCACAAAGGAAUUCUAAUGGCUGUACAGAUGAGUAUUUGUUAAUGAGCUGUUUAGUACAUAAACCCUUUCUAAACUGAAGAUUUUAUGUAAUCUAGCCAUUCCUUUAACUGUUUGAGCAGCCUUGUAAGUGCCAAUGUUCUAAAGGGUAAGAAGAGCUACUGUCAUUAAAUUAACUGCUGCAUAUUAAUGCUUGCAUCUUGGGUUUAUUCCAUAUUUCUGCAAGCUUUAGUCUUUAAAAAACUAUCUAGUAACUUAUUUUGAUAGCAUGCCUGAAAGGCAUAUUUAUACUUAGUGACAUUAAAAUUUUUGCCACCAUCUGAGAGUUGUCACCAUCAGUAUUGGCAUUUUGAAAAGCUAAGCUGCGUAAUCAGAAUGAGCAAGGUGGCAAUAAAACAAACUGGAAGAUGUACAGAAGUCACUGAAUUCUUGUUAGAAAAAUACCUUUCAGUGGCUAUAGAUGCCUAAGUUACACUGAAUGCAAAUUGCUCUGUGUCUCAGAGAAGAAGUGACUAUUUGACACCCGUUAACUGUUAUACAAGCAGGCCAUAGGUAUAGCCAAGCUGAUGCUAUCAUGCAGUUCUGAAUGCUUAGAUUCAUUUUUCUAGCUACAAAAUACAAAUAUAAGUAAGACUGAGCAGUUGCGAAUGGGUCACAUUUUUGGCUGCCAUUUGCUCUAACCUAUGCCAAGCAAUUGGUUUGGUGUGCAGCAAUCCAAGAUCAGAAGAUUACAAAGGUGAACUUUGUGACCAUUUCACAUGCCCUGACCUGUGCUAUGUGUGUUUUGUCUCUGGUCCCCAAAAUGUGGUCCUAUAUUUAAAUUUGAGCUCCAAAAAGCAGUUUAGGUUAUAUGGUUACAGGUUUUCUGUUCCAGAAGAUUUUUAGAAACAAAUAAAAACCCUUCUUUUGCCUCUGUCACAUGUAAAUUAUGCAUCCCAACAAUUAAAGAAUUAUUUGAUAAAACUACUGCAUGUCUCCUUAUGUUAAGAGAGUCACGUUUAGUUUGUUGUUUUUACAGAAUUCCAGACUUUUUUUUUAAAUGAUGUUUGAUAUAACAAUGAUAUUCUUAUACAGCCCCACCUCAUCUAUGGAACUACCCAUUUAAACAUACUAAUUCCUAUUAUUCCCUACUAUUCCAGCCACAGUUUUAACCAUAUGGUGAAGCAAUCCAAACGAUGUUUGUUUUUUUCAUGCUUGAGUGUCCAGAAACUUAGCAAACUAAUACUGUACUUCAAAAGAGCUCUCUGGAAAAAUGUAUUUUUAUUUUUCCUUUCAAAACAGUUAAUGUUACUGGCCAACAAAUUCAGAAAUAAAAACGUUCUUGAACUA